AAUAAUUUUUCUUUGUUACAAGUUGUUUAUAUGUUGUGCGCGUAUGUUGGAUAUAAUUGCCUGGAAUUGUAACAGAUACUUGCAUUAGGCAUUAUUAUUAAAAUUUGAACCUGAUCCCACUGGCCCCCUUAAGGAAAAUCAGUUUCGCAUUGUUGUUUAUGACUCAUCAGUAAUCUCGCAGGCUCUGCAAGAGAAAAAGAAAGUAACACAAGAAAAAGGGGAAUUUUCACAAUGGCCGCCAAUAACAAUGCAGCGACGGAGACAAUGAACAGCGAAUCCGCUGACCAGGUAGGAAUACGAGUGGACAAUGCUGACGAUCGUACAGAUGCGUUUGGUUCGGUUAGCACAACCACCUCGUCGUCCCACUCCAGCACAGUUCAUCAUAAUCAAACUUUUGGCACUGGUGCGAUUGGCCAACUAGCCAAUGGCUACAGCUCAUCCUCGACGACGUCGGGCUAUCACAAGUAUGUGGCCAAAAUGGCCACAGAACGACAUGCAGCCGAAUACAAUAUGAAACACAAGCAACGAGGAAUGGCCUUGAUCUUUAAUCAUGAACAUUUUGAUGUGCCCACUUUGAAAUCGCGCGCUGGCACCAAUGUCGACUGUGACAACUUAACGCGUGUGCUCAAACAGUUGGACUUCGAGGUGACCGUAUAUAAGGAUUGCAGAUAUAAGGACAUUCUACGAACUGUAGAAUAUGCCGCGUCCCAGAAUCAUAAAGACAAUGACUGCAUUCUGGUGGCCAUACUGUCGCAUGGUGAAAUGGGAUACAUUUAUGCCAAGGACACUCAAUAUAAACUGGACAAUAUCUGGAGCUAUUUCACAGCCAAUCACUGUCCCACUCUUGCUGGCAAACCAAAGUUAUUUUUCAUUCAAGCCUGUCAGGGUGAUCGUCUUGAUGCUGGAGUCACCAUGCAACGUGCCGGACAUACUGAAACCGAUGGCGACUCAUCGAUGAGCUACAAAAUACCUAUUCAUGCCGAUUUUCUAAUUGCAUACUCCACAAUCCCGGGCUUCUAUUCGUGGCGCAAUACCACACGCGGCAGUUGGUUUAUGCAGAGCCUGUGCGCCGAAUUGGCCGCCAAUGGCAAACGUCUGGACAUCCUGACAUUGCUGACAUUCGUUUGUCAGCGGGUGGCGGUAGACUUUGAAUCCUGUACACCGGAUACACCCGAAAUGCAUCAGCAGAAGCAAAUUCCUUGCAUUACGACCAUGCUGACACGUAUUUUACGUUUCAGCGAUAAACAAAUGGCACCAGCUGGACGGGUUUGAUUGCCAUUGCAUUGGUUAAUGGGCUGGUCACAAAACAGGAAUGAGAUUGAGAAGUGAUAUCAAAUGGGCAGGGGAAGUAGGGGGAGGGGGUUGCGCGUGUGAGGGGUUAAUAAUUUUUUAAAUUGUACACAAAAUACGUCUUAAUUGCAUUUUUUAUAUUAUCUACACAUAAAUAAUCUAUGGAGACAUUUGGCGAGUACUUUUGACCAUUAAACCAGAUCGACAGAUUGAAUACAAAUGGUACAGAGGGAUCCAAUUCUUGUUACGUUUCAUUGAAAAUUACAAAAUAGAUAAUAGUAGAUCAAUAGAUUUUAUCAAUUAAAUAACGAGUGUUAUAGUUACAGGAUUUUAAAUUAGGCUAACAGAUAUAUAUAUUUUUCUCUAACGUAAUACGAAAUAUACAAUUUUAUUGUUAUUAUAUAAUAUCCACAAAACGUCACAAAAUUCAGGUCUUGAUUAAUGAAUUCUCACGAAAUUGAAAUUGUCUUGAAUAUUAUUAUCUCACGCAUCUCCUGGUUAACUGCUUAAAAGUACUCGCCGAUUCGAAUUAGCAUUUAUACUACAUUUAUCUAUUACUAACCGAAAUUGACCAGAUCCUGCCAGAUUCUUAGCUUUUUUCUAUGCCAUGUUACUUAAUGAUGAUUACAAGGAUCAGAUUUUAAAUGAAAUAAACAAUUUAGAUGAAUCGUCAUUAAACUGCCCGUAAAUGUUCUACAAUAUCUAUUAAUAAGUUGAAUUUUAAUGUUAGCACAUAAGUGUCCAAUUUUUAAACAUGAAUUUUAUCCCAAUUUUCUCUCUCAUAUACUAUAUGCAUAUUUAUAUAUAUAUAUAUAUCUUUUAUAGCAUUAGAACAAUGUUUAGUUUGUCAUUUUGCUUAAAAUAAAUUGCUUUUAAUUCAA